AUGUCGAUCAAAUCCCUCAUUCGCAAGGUCUUUAGGAUCACCAUACACAUCGAGACGAUGGCGGCUCGGGAGCAUGAAGUAAUCGAACCAAUGGCGCCGCUAUCUAUCAAGGCAGAAGUCGAACCGGAUGGCGACGCGCAUUUAACUUCGUCGAUCCCGAGUCCGCCGAGAGAAGCAACUCCAGAGCUUCCGGGUGCCCCAGCGGAACAAAGUGGCGCAGAGCCGAGCCGUUCCCCUUCGCCCGUGGUGGUAGUGAAGAGCGAGGUCGAAGUUGAAGUCGCCUCCUCCGGAGAGACAACAGUAGUGGCAGAAGUUAGCAGCAGCAACACCAUCGUCUCGGAGCUUCCCGCGAGUCCCAAACGGGAACCGACAAUUUCUCCCGCCCCAGUACCGUCCCCUGCCCCUGCCGUCGCAGCAAUCAACAUUGUCAACUCAUCCCCUCGUAAGCGACGCUAUGACGAACUAGAAGUCGUUAUCAAAGAGGAACCGCUCGACGACGACAGCCGCCCGCCCACCCCCAGCCUAGAUGAAUACCCUUCUUCACACACCAUCAUCAAAGAAGAUGAAGACGAAGAGGACGAGAUCGAAUUCUCCCCGAAGAAGCAGCGGAGUUCCCUAGACAUCGACCUAUCCUCGAUCCCGCCUAGACCGGCCCUUUCGAAACUCCAGAAUCUUCGAGAAAGAAUGCAGCUCGCAAAACAACAACAAUCCGAGAAUUCCGUCUGGCAUAAAGAUUUCCCCGAUCGCCGACCCCUGCGGUGUCCCCAUUCCAAGCAUAAACCUCCCAACAUCAUAACCGCGGUAUCGAAGACUCUCCGCAGUUUCGGUAGGACGUAUUACAAGUGUGACGAUUGUGGAACAUACAAUUCCUUCAUCUGCUGGGCCGACAGCAAAGGAAUCUUCGAAGACAACCCGCGGUGCAACUGCGGGUAUCCGUCACGCGAGGACCUUACCGGCGAUACCUCCGCGCGGCCCAACCUCAUUUGGUAUAAAUGCGCCACCGAUUUCUGCAAAUUCACGUAUUGGACUACAGAUCCGUUGACUCCAGAGGAAGUAAACGAAUAUUGUGGCCGGAUCAAUUAUGAUGUAUGA